UCACGUGUGCGUCUCUUCCCUCAGUACGUCCGUCGUAUUUUCCUCCCCUCCACUGCCUGCUUUAACACUGAGAGCCACUCGAAAUAAACAAGCGUUGUAGGGACCAGCCUGGCUCCAGUGUCACGUUUAUCACCAGCCUAUGGACAGAGGGGGCUUACACCUCUAAGUUGCCAUCAGUGAAGCCCAAGCCUCCCGUCAGUUUCUGCCUCCACUGAGCCCAUAUCAUUGUAAACUUUUUUUAAAAUCCUGCGCUGCAUACACUGAGCUCCGACAAAGCGAGUGAAUACAGAAGCCCUGCAUGCCUCAGGCCGUUGAGGCCAAACACAGGAGCCACAGAGAGCCAGGGCAGUAUGUCUGGAGGGGGACUUAGAGUUAAACAGGAAGAGACGCCAUCAGCUCUGGCCAAUAGCAUGCCCAGGCGACGGCGACCACACCUAGCUGGGAGACAUCAACACCGCCUGAGAAAGGAGCUGGUGGGAGAGAGAGAGGGGGUAGGAGGUGGUUGCCAUAGGGACAGUAACACACCAGUGGCGCUGCCGACCUGUCUCCCUGGGCCAAACUUGCUAAGAGAGGGAGGAGAAGAAGAAACCGAGGUUCCCUCUUUGAAGUUGCAGUGAGAACUACAAGUGGACCUAUGGAAAUGUCCCGCUGUCCUCCUUCCCCCAUGCCUGGUCUAUAGUCAGCCCAUAAUCUCACUCAAACCCUGUUCCCAGCCAUUUGAAGAACCCACCCUGUGGUCGCACCAUGGCCAGCAAGAGGAAGACCACUAUCCCCUGUAUGAUCCCCAGCAAGAUCAUACGCCCAACAGAUGAGGUUGACCGGGACUCUCCGGAUUUUUACUGUCAAUCCAGGUUUUCUGGAGGUGGCAGACAUAGCUCUCCCGACCCAGGCGAGUCUUUCAGACCAGAGGCGGGGGACGCCAUCAAAGACAGUGCUGGCACUUAUACCUGUAAGCCUUGUAACUUUGAAACCCAUGACCUUAACUUGUUCUUGGAUCAUGUGUACUCUGGGCACCCAGACUUUCGUGCGGACCCCAGCUUUUUUUGUGUAAGCUGCAGGGUCUCAGCGCCCAAGUUUGAGGGGCUGGCCCUGCAUAAUGCCAGGAUUCACCCUAGCACAUUGAACACAACUCUGCAGCUGAGGAAGAAGGACAGGAGGGUUGUGGUGGAGCAGAAUCUGCUAACUGGGGCAGAAACAGGGAAAGAAAGCGAGAUCUCCAUCACCAAAACCCCGAUGAUUAGGAUGCUGAAGGGCAAAUCAGAGUCUAAACGGAUAGUGGUGUCUCACCCUAUCUCUGAUGAGCCUUCCUCAGACUCCUCUUCUAGAGAGACUGAGAGAAAAGAUCCUCCUGCAGUCACAGUCACCCAUGUUCCCACCAUCGUCCACAAUGGGACCACAAAAGUCACUCUGCCUUCAGCAAUCCAGAUAGUCAACGGCUCUGGAGCUUUACCAAUGCUCAAGACUCCCAUCACACAGGUGGUCUCAAUGGUUCAAAACAGAAACUUUCAUCAAUCUGCACCAAUCACAGUCUCCUCAAAUAUUUCCUCGGCUUCGCAUUCAACCUCCAAAAAUCUCCCUAAGGUGAUGAUUCCUUUGAGCAGCAUCCCUACCUACAGUGCCUCCAUGGACUCCUCUUCCUUCUUGAAGACCUCCUUCAGUAAGUUUCCUUACCCCACAAAGGCGGAGCUCUGCUACCUGACUGUGGUCACAAAGUUCCCAGAAGAGCAGAUCAAGAUCUGGUUCACGGCCCAGAGACUCAAACAAGGCAUCAGUUGGUCUCCUGAGGAGAUAGAGGAGGCCAGGAGGAAGAUGUUCAACACCAUCAUACAGACUGCACCUGCCAGCUCGCAGAACCACAUCCAUAGUCACCAAACCUCGACCCAUCACACAUUCACAGUCCUGCCUGCCUCGCUGGGGGCGACAGGGAUCCCUCACUUCCUGCAGGGCUCUCUUCUCAGCCAAGGAGGGGUUAUCAUGGCAAAUGGUAUCCAGGUUAGCAGCACUCCGUUGGCCCUGGCUGUCACACCGAAGCCCCAGGCAGCAGCCCGCCCCAUGCAGGCCCGUCCCGCUGCCGCCCUGGUGGCAGACAAAGGCGUCAGCAUGGUGGUGGGGACGGGGGGCAGCAGUAGCACUGGGAGCAACAUAAUUAGCAGCAGUAAUAGUAGUAGGAGUGGGAGAGGGGGCACAAGCAGUAUUAUUACUAGCAGUCAGGCUAGUGUCAUCAACCUUAGUUUAGGGGGCAGUAAUGCUAGGGUUAGCAGUGUCAAUGGUAAACAAAGCAGUGCAAACUACAAUAACAAGAGCAAUAGUAAUGUCACCAGCUAUGUAAAUGCUAAGAACACUGAUUUCAGUAAAGCAAACAAGACCAACGUCGUGAAGAGUGACAACAAAGGGUCCACAGAAAGCAGCAGAGAGGGACAGAAGAGCAAAGAUGCCAACGUUAGCAGCAUCAAAAAUGACACGCAUGAUGUCGAAACCACCACCAGCAGCUCUCCAGCCAUCAAAAUGGAAGAGGCGUCUUCCCCCAUCUCAAAGUCUCCCUCCCCCUCACCUGCAUCUCGGAUGUCUUUGAACGCGUUCCUGGACCCCAGCUUCUAUAAGGGCAAAAAGUCUCAGGAGCAGCUCAACCACCUGAAGGACAGUUUUCUGGUCUGCCAGUUUCCCGACCAGGAGGAGGUUGACCGGCUCAUCGCUCUGACCGGGCUCACAGUACGAGAAGUCCGCAAGUGGUUCAGUGACCGGCGCUACCACUUCCGCAACCUCAAAGGGUCCCGCUCCAGCACAGGGGCGCAGAGUAAGGCGGGGGCAGCAGGGAGCGCUUCAGGUACGGCAGGGGGCGGAGCUGCUGGCGGCGCCCAACCUGUGGAUCUGUCUGAGAGCAGCAGCAACUCCGAAUCAAAAACUCCCCAGCACAGCUCGGCCCCCCUGAGCCCGACUGCAUCACAGACUCCAACCUCUCCCACCACACCUUCCCGUCGACUCCCCAGAGCUCCUUCUCCAGAUUUCACAGCUAUCCGCUACAAGGAGAGAGAACCUCAUCAGUUGAAAGCUCUAGAGGCCAGUUUUUGCCUGGAGUCAGACCCGACAGGAGAGGAAGUGGACAGAUUGCGAUCUGAGACAAAGAUGACCAGGAGGGAGAUCCAUGGCUGGUUCGCUGACAGGAGGAAGAGGCUGGCAGCCGAGAAAAAGAAAGAGGAUGCUGAGCGGGUGCUGAGAGAGGAGGAGGGGGAGAUGGAAGUUGAUGGGGAGGAGAGACAGAAAGAGGAAGGCUCAGGAGAACUGAAAGUGAACCCUAUUAAAAUCAACCUGAAGAUGCUAAAGGUGACCGAGGCCAACAGCAAAGCAGAGGGUGAAGGGUUGGAUAGCCCGCUGCACUCCAGUAACACACCUGCAUCCUCCCCAGGCCUCACUCCAGCCACCACCCCCAAACCAUCCCAACCCUCCACCCCAACACACAAACCAUCCAACUCCCCCAAACUCACAGCCCUACGAGGUAAGAAGAACGCGGAGCAGCUGCAACAGCUCAAACAAGUGUACGCUCGUACCCAGUGGCCCAGCGCCACGCAGUACGAUGACCUGAUCUGCAGCUCCGGACUGCCCCGACCAGAGGUGGUGCGCUGGUUUGGAGACUGCCGUUAUGUGCAGAAGAACGGCCAGCUGAAGUGGCUGGAGGCUUACCAGACCAUGGCUCUGGAAGAGGACCUCCAGAAGGAGAACAUAGAGAUCCUGCAGGCCCACCGCGACACCUACAGCAGCCUGGAGGAGUCACAGUUGCAGGAACUAGCUCAGGCUAGUGGUUUAACAGCAGACUUGGUACGACACUGGUUCUCUACCACAGCGUCUUUGCCUCUGUUGGAACAGACGGCUGCUGCUCAGGAGACAGAACCCAAAGCAGUCGCAGCAGACGCUGAGCCACGAACAACAGGAUCCUCCCCCCCGGAGCCGCAGCCAGGAGGAGGGACGGAGGAGAAAAUGGAGCAGUCGGUGUGUGGUGUCGCAACAGAAGCAGAGGAGGCCAACACUGACGAGACUGUGAAUCCCACUAAAGGAACAGAUUGAAGUGGCUCUUUUUUCCUGAGGAUGGAGUUCACAACGCAGGUGGUCUUUGUGUCGGUAGUCUGAGGAAAAGACGGCAGAUGUGCUUGUAACGGGAUCACUGGAGGGAAAUGGACCCUGAAGCCAUCCCCACCCAUCCCUCUCUCACACCCCUAGAGGUAGGCAUGACAUCCCCCACCACAUGAGAUGGACACUAAAGCCACUAACCCCCCUCUUAUCCACCCACUCCCUGCCCUCCUCCUGCUGCUGAAUCCACCCCUCCGCUACACAGACCCUCUCCAGAACCCUCCCGUCCGCCAUUUUCUCCUCAGAAGGAAGUCCCAGUAGAGACUGAAGUGCAGGAGAGGAAGGAGGGGCCCGAAUAUUUUCUACUGUUUUUGUUCCGCCUGCCUGCUGUGACGGGAGAAAGGAAGGGGUGGUUUUGGAGGGAGCAAAGCGAGAAAGUGGCGGGACCUCAGCAGAUGUUGAUAAGGAGCAUGGGGUGGGUUAGGUUUUUGGACAGUCAUCGACCAAAUCAACACUCGGACAAGGAUCGAAAGAGUGUUAACAGCCUGUUCAUAGUUUGUUUUGGAGUACGAAAUACUGCACAGCUCUUAGCCACAGGGUGCUUGCCUUUUAAAGGCCUUAAAAUGACCUUUUCCAUUGUGCCAUCUUCAUACUCCCCUUUUCCAACAACCUGCACUCAUACACUUUGUCUUCAUGCUUGCAGCUUACUUUAAAUGUGCUAGCAAGGCUGUUCAUAGUGUAAAUGUGGAACUCAGCAUUGAUCAUUUCAACUUUGUCUUUUUUAGAUAUUUUUGUUUUUACUUUUCAUAUCUAGGACAUUUAAAUUGUCCAGUUUGGUGAAAAUAAAAUGUCUUGAAUUCCGUUAUCCUAAGAAGGCAAGCACCCUGUUGUUUAAACAAAAUGCGACACGUAGACUAUAUGGAAUCUGGUUUGUGCUGUAGCAUAGAGUGCAUCUUUACGUCACUCACGUGUACGUACAUUUGUUUUUAUAGGGCUCUCCUAUGAAAUAAAAUGUACUGUAAAAUAACUGAACUUUCCACACUUAGGCUUGAUGUAUACUUUUUACAGAUGUCAUUUGCAGAAUAAACAGAAUGUAAUAAAUGUGGCUUCAAGACUC